AUGCUCGAAUCUCUGGCAACUACCGUUUUGAAUCGCUUUCUUGGAGAUUAUGUCUCCAAUCUUGAAGGCAAACAAUUAAAUAUUGCAAUAUGGAAAGGUGACGUUGUCCUGAGAGACUUACAACUCAAAAAAGAAGCUCUUGACAAGUUUAAUUUGCCAAUUGACGUUUUAGAAGGAUAUUUGGGAGAACUUACUUUAAAUAUUCCUUGGUCAAAUUUAAAGAAUAAGCCUGUUAAAGUUGUCAUAAAUAACGUCUUUCUCUUAGCGGUUCCAAAAGCUGAAUCUGAGUAUGAUCCUGAAGAAGACGAGAAACGAGCUCAACAAGUUAAACAAGAACAAUUAGCAAAUGCAGAACUUCUUCACACAGCCCCCAGUGAGCUAGCUGAAGAGGAUGAUCAAAAAAACCAAUCUUUUAUAAACAAACUCGUCACGAAAAUUGUUGAUAACUUGCAGAUAUCUAUUAAUAACAUUCACAUUCGUUAUGAAGAUAAACUAAGUGAUCCAGGGCAUCCGUUUGCAGUCGGACUUACUCUGUCAGAAUUCUCUGCUAUAUCAACUAAUUCAAACUGGGAGCCUACAUUUAUCGAAGAAGAAACCAGUUCAAUAAAUAAAUUAAUCAAAUUAGGGUCUUUGGCCGCAUACUGGAAUACUGAUUCAAAAUCCAUUUCCGGGCAUGCUACAAAAGAAUCUAUUAAAGUAUUUACUAGCCUGAUUGCAUCCGAACAAAACAUUCCAUCAGAACAUCAAUAUAUACUGAAACCAGUUUCUGGAAUUGGACGUCAUUUUGAAUUAAAUACUCCAAAAACGACGGCAAUCCUUUUAUUUGAUGAACUUGGGUUUAUCUUUGAUGAUGAACAAUACAGGGAUGCGUUGCUAAUGACUGAUUUGUUCCAUUUUUAUUUACGACAACAAGAGUAUCGAAAAUUCAGGCCUCCCAAAGAUGUUACUCCUAAAAAAAAUCCAAGAGCAUGGCUUCAAUUUGCUGGAAAUUGUAUUAUCUCAGAAAUUAAGGAACGCAAUCGUAAAUUGACGUGGGAAUACUUUAAAGAACGCCGUGAUGAUCGACAUACCUAUGUAAAAUUAUAUAAAGAAAAGCAACUUGAAAAAAUAACUCCAGAGAAUGCAUCUAAGUUAGAAGCUUUAGAGUGGAAACUUAGCUACGAAGAUAUCCUAUUUUAUAGGUCGAUUGCUAAAUCACAAUUGAAGAAGGAAAGGGCAUUAAUAGCCAAGAAACAAAGAGAACGACAACAACAACAAGUAAAAAGUAGUGGUUGGUUUGGUGGUUGGUGGUAUAGCGGACAAUCGUCAGGCCCUUCAGACGAUACUAUUUGGACUGACGAACAGCUUCAAGAAUUGUAUGAAGCCAUCGAAUAUGACGAAUCAGAAGUAGCCCCAUCUGUUGAAUUGCCCAAAGAGUGGACAAAACUUUUAUUCAAGACAGAACUUAAGACUGGUUCAUUUGUAUUAAAGAAAGAUCCUCAUGGGAAGAGCACAGAAAUUUUAUCUUUAAUUUUUGAUACAGUGACCACAAAAUUCCUCCAACGACCUGAUUCUUUUCAGGCAGAAACUGCAUUAGGAAGCUUAAGCGUGCAUGAUGGUUCCACUGAGGGUACUUUAUAUCCACAAAUAGUGAGGGUGAAGGAAGAUUUUAUUACAAAACAGAAUGAAGGGGAGUUAGCAACAAACAAUCGUGCAAGUGAUGUUACUCAUGAUGAAUCAACGAAUAAUCCAUUCUUUCAGCUCGUAUUUGAACAUAAUCCUUUGGAUGGUCGCGCUGAUAAUGGUCUUUCGAUGAAAAUGAGACAUUUGGAAAUU